GCGUCGGUCCCAUAGCAACGUAAAAAUGGAGGAGGAAGUGCCUGGUGGAAGUGACAAUAUUGUCACCGAAUUCAACACAUACGAAGACUUUUUAGACUCUCAAAUAACGCCACUGGAUCUCUACUAUCUUGAGGAUGAAGAACUGGCCAGGCAGUUGGUUGAGCUGGGAUAUCGUGGGAGUGGGGAAGUGUUGAAGAGAGAAGAGUUUGAGGCCAGAAAACAAGCUGCUGAAGCGAGUAGGCUUUCUAAGAGAAGUCAGCAAAAGACAUUAGCCAGUUCAGGGAAAGAGUUGAAAGACCCCUUCCUCCGUUCGCUUGCACAGAGAGAGGAAGCCAACAGAAGUGGCAAAAUGACGACAAUAAUUUUCAUCCGAGACAAGAAUGCCAGGGGUCAGGAGAUUUCAGGUUAUAUUGAUUAUGCACACAGACUCAAAACGGAAGACUUUGAGCCAUAUUUUGCUGGAAGGAAGAGACUACUGCCAAGACCAUCAGAUCUAAGCUUCUACAAUUGGGAAACCCAGACGUCUACGUCCAACCCCACUCCUAACUAUCAAGUCAUUGCAGAAAAUGCUUCAGGCCUUUUAUUCAAAAACAAAAGAGACAGAAAGAUACUCAAUGUGGAUCCAAAAGCACCAUCCCCAGGUGAUAAUUCAACAAGAACAUCGUUAGAAACACCGCGAUAUGUUCAAGUUGUGAUAUACGACCAUAUCACACGUAGGAAAACAUAAAAGACUCAUGAAAUUUUUGACUGUUAAGUUUGAAUAAGGAUGCGACAUUUAGAAUCUUAAGUAAUGGGUUUGUUUUGGAAAAUGUACAAUAAUGACCUGACACUCUUUUGAAAGUAAGUACCCGACAUCUAAACCACUGAUGCUCUAUUUCUGAAAAAAUCCUUGCAAAGAGCGUUCAGGCUACUCACUCUUAUAGCAGAAACUUGUUUUGUUAUCGUCCGUCCAGCUGGUGGCUUUUUUGUUGUGAUAAUUAAAGUGUAUGCAAAUUCUUGUUGUAAUGUUGUAAAUAGAGAUGGAUGUUGUACAGCAAUGACUAAUAAAAAAAUAGCAUUAUCUAUGAAA